AAAGCGGGCCUUUAACGUCAGUAGUAUACCGGCUCUUGGAUCGUAACGGCACACGAAAUACCGGAGAGGUUUAAUGAGGAAUUUGCUAUAGCAGAUAUAAUAUGAUAUUGAAUAGCAUUCCUUGCACAACGCUGCUUGUUUGGAUUGCGGCUGUUGUGUCGGGUGGUGCAAUACUGCUUCUGGUGGGUCUUCACCUCUACGCGUCUUAUAGUUUGGGCAUUUGCAAAAGUAAAAAUCGAAUGGAUGGUAAAACAGUGAUAAUUACCGGAUGUACUUCCGGUAUUGGGAAGGAGACCACGAGGGACCUCGCCAAAAGAGGCGCGAGGAUUAUUAUGGCAUGCAGAAACAUGGAUACGGCUAAUCGAUUGAAAGACGAAAUUGUGAAAGAAUCAAACAACAGCAAUAUCGUAGUCCGCAAAUUGGAUUUGUCAUCGUUGCAAUCGAUCAGAGAGUUCGCACAGCAAAUAAAUCAAGAGGAAAGUAGAUUGGACGUGUUGAUUCAUAAUGCCGGAACUGCGGAGACUUUUAGGAAAAUAGUCACAGAAGAUGGAUUAGAACAAACUAUGGCUACCAAUUAUUUUGGGCCCUUCUUACUGACGCAUCUUUUAAUCGAUUUGUUGAAACGAUCGAAACCGAGUCGUAUCAUAGUAGUUGCAUCAGAACUCUAUCGAUUUGCAUGUUUAAAUCUCAAUAAUAUCAAUCCGACGUCAACUUUGCCGGCGUAUCUGUAUUACGUGUCGAAAUAUGCAGACAUAGUUUUCACAUUGGAAUUGGCGCGACGUUUAGAAGGCUCAGGAGUGACGGCAAAUUGCUUACAUCCCGGGAUGAUAGACAGCGGAAUAUGGCGAAGCGUACCUGCUCCAUUAUCCUGGUGUUUGAACCUUAUAAUUAAGGCUUUCUUUAAAACGCCCGAACAGGGCGCACAAACGACUAUUCAUCUCGCCGUUUCUGACGAACUUAACGGAGUUUCAGGAAAAUACUUCCUGGAUUGUGCUGAACAUAGAUUGUCAAACGCUGUAAAGGAUCCUGCUAAGGGCAAGAAAUUGUGGGAAUUAAGCGAGCCUCUAGUGAAGUUGCAACCGUCAGACCCAAAGAUCUGAACGCGUGUAUUCUUUUAUAAAUUUUUAUAUAAUUUUUUUCAUUUUGUUACUUAUAUUUGCGACGGUCUUUUGUACUUAAAAUUUUAAUAAUAAUUUUAUAUAACUUGUUCAAUGAAUAUCAAUAUUUUAAAAAAUUUUUUCAUAGAAAUAAUUUUGCGAGUAUUGUAAGUUUGAAAAAAUUAUUUUUUAUUAUGGAAAAGACGCUUUUUGUUUAAUGAAGCUAUGAUAUUAUAUUUGCAUUUAUCGAGUAAUAAAAUCGAUAUAUUUUAUUUAAGAAUCAAGCCAAGUCAGCAUAUUUAUUACAUGUUACAGAAUCGAAAUGAUUUAGAUGUCAAAUAGAUUUCUAUUUAU